AUGGAUGAUCUCCAAUUACACGAGGUCCUGAAUCCUCCUGGCGCCUCUCUUGCGUUCUUGGUCAACCAAGACAUUCCUCUAAAUCGGAAACAACGAAUGGUAGUAGAGAAAGUGCUGUCUGAAGCUUUGACCUGGGCGGACCACCCCUAUGAUUGGUCGCGGCGCAAUCAGACUCUCCUCUAUGUUGGAGGAGAAGGCGGCACGGGCAAAAGCCAAAUUGUCAAGGCAAUUGUCGCUGGUAUGAAACUUAUCGGACGAAAAGAUGAGGUAGUCCUCAUGGCGCUGACGGGUGCGGCCUCGUUGUUAUCGGCGGCAAUACUGAGACGGCUUUGGUUCCGUAAGACUAUCAUGAUCGUGGACGAAGUCAGCAUGAUGGAUCUGCGCAUGAUCAGCGUGAUUGAUAAUCAAUGCAAAAUCGUCAAAGCCCUCGACAGAUCCUCUCCUGACCUUUUCGGUGGCCUUCCUGUUGUCAUCUUUAUUGAGGUGAUCAUUCUGGAUGAGCAAAUGAGGCACGCAGAAGAAGACACUGCAUUCCGCGAUUUGCUAUCACGAGCCAGGGCGGGGACUUUAACGGAAACCGAUCGAUCAUUUCUUAAUAGCAAAACCGUCACGACCCUAGUAAGCCCUCAAUUAGAGGGUGUCACCACCGUGGUUAAGUUGAACUCUCCGCGACAUCAGGUCAACCGCGUUCGAUUAACAGAGUUUGCCCGGACCCGAUGGCAGAACAUAUAUAUCUUCCCCGCGCCUCAUAAGCGUACCAAGUCCACUGCCUCAACGAACCUACGACUCCAUGCAGACGACUUACUCCAGCAGCCAGACCAAGGCACCAAGAUCCCUUUCCCAGGACUCUUCCUAUACACCCGCAAUAUGCCAGCCGUCAUACUGACCAAUAUUUGCACCCCUCUGGGCCUAGUCAAUGGGGCAACGGGGAUUGCGAUAGGCAUCGUGGUAGAUCCCACAGCCGAAUUCUUUCAGAUCGACAACCUCUACAUCAUGUGCACUAAACCACCGUCUUGCGUUAUAUUUGGAACAAACAGAUCCAAGGCAACCGUAUUUCAAGGCCUUGAGCCCUCGGCUAUGCCAAUCUUUCCAUUGGAACGAUCGAUCACCAUCAAAGGCUAUUCGGUCCGAAGGAAGCAGCUCCCUAUGUGCCCAGCCUCCUGCCUCACCGAUUACAAAGUGCAAGGCUCAACACUUUCAGCUGCAAUCCUCGACCUCAAAGACGACCCUACUAUUCGGGGCCAAGAUCAUCACCGGAAGUAUUGCUCGACAAACUCGAUAUGCACGACCUCCAAUUCGGACCCGAUCCUCGACUGCUAA